GGAAUGGACAAGAGAAGUUCAAAUCAUCAGAAUUAGAAAAUUGGAUAAGAUAUUAAAUUUAUUAAAUGUGAUUAUAAAUUUGGAUCAUCUACAAAUAAUAAAGUUUUUAAAAUUCUUUUAUAAAUCAAAUCAAAGUCUCUAAAUAGUCAAAGUUUAAAACAUUGUGGGAUUCUAAAUUCCAAAUUCAAUUAGGAAAUAAUUAUAUUUGGAUCAAAGAAAAUGAUAAAUUGAAUA